CCUGACAUUGAACACACCUUAACGUAAAUCGUUAGCGCGCUUUAGUUUAAAUGUUUAGUUAGCUUAGUCCCGUUAUUCAACAUUUAAUCACUAUUUUAGACUUUUGUGACUUGCUGUAAAGUUUGGGUGAGACAUAAAUGCUGCUUUGAGAGGAGGAGGAGGAAUUCCCACCGAAGAAGCAGCUGCUGACGGAGUUUCCUCAACAUGAAGACAGCAGAAGAGGACACACCGGGACACGCCAGGACCGCCUGCCACGUUUGAUAAUCACCUGAAGUCUCCUUUGAUCACGUGGUAAGCUGUAUCGACACACUGAUGGGGAGAAUCAACAGGGUCAGGCUCUGUGGCAGGGAGUCAGGCGUCGUGAGGGCUGGAGAUGGAUGAUCCUGGCGUACAGGAGGCUGAGCUCGGAAUGGAUCAUCCAGUACGACUACGAUGACCUCGGGAAACAUGGUUCACCGACUGCAGAGUCCCGCUUUUGAAAUCUCAAUGUCAACCCAUUUCCCUGACCUUAACUUCAUGUGAGGUCCAGGGACUCCAAGGACGUGCCGAGAAACUGUGUGGAGCCUUUGCUGCGUGACCUCCGACCUUGUCAAAUUUGGCCAUGGAGCACUUCCUGUAUGGACUGGAAGUCAAGAACAACAACAGGACGAUAUUGCAAAACAGGUUGAAGCACAGACCAUCAUGUGACUGUCCUUACAUCAUGAUGUCACAGCUUCAUCAUCCUGCUGGGUAAGCAGUCCACCAGCAGCGUUUGGCUCUGCAUUGAUCAGCCUGGUGUGAAUGGCUGCUCUCUAGCAGCCAAUGGCUGAACACCGGAUGCGAGAUAUCCGCUGCAACAACAAGCGCUCUGUUCCCCCUUCAGCUUGACGCCAUUUACAGCCCAAACCCCGACCUCCCCUCCGGAAAGAGAAAAAAAAAAAAAACCUCACACAUUAGAAGAAGUACUCGCGAGCCCCCCGAGCUUUGCUGGAGGAACACACCGAAUUGAAAGUACUCCUGGGUGUCAGUUUCUCUCCCUUUCUGCGUCUCCUCUCUUCUUUUUUUGAACGCUGUGGAGUCAAGUGAAGUUUUACGCUCCGGAGGUGACUGAAGUUUUCGCCGCGUGUUCGUGCGUAAAACAUGGGAUUUACGUCUUAGCGCUGCUUUCAGGAGAAUGAGCUCCGGUUGGAAACUUUCUCAAUGGAUUUUAUCGACGACUUGCCUGACUGAGUGACUGAUGAAGGGACUAAACUCUCUCUCCAAUCGGAUUUAUUUCACCUAAGCAGGGGCCAAAGCGUCGAAAACACGGACUUCAGAUGUGUCCCAUGCCAGCCAGAGCAGCCCUUCAGUCCCGAGAUGGAUCCCAGAAGUCAGAGCGACAGCGAAGGGGGAGGAGGACGCCACCACGGGUGGUCACCGCCACUGACCCGCUCGCUGGACCGGCAGCUUGGCGAAAGGAGACCGCUGCCACCGCCAACCCAAGAUAGUCCACCUGAUUCUGGGCAACCGACGCAUGCUUCAGCGGUGUUGUCUCUGGAUGAGAUCAGGAUCACCGGGAGUAGUAAUGAGUACACAGAAGGGCCCACGGUUGCGCAAAGGUCUCCAGCCUCACAGCUUCGGCAACAGAAGAGCGACUCGACUGAGUCAACCGGUUCAAGGACCAGCGGGCAUCAGGAGACCCAGGAAGAGAGGCAGAAUAAUCUCCUCAACCAGCAUUCUAUGACUCUAUUUGGAGACAUGCAUACUCCUUCUUCCAGGGAGGGCAUGCUACGGUCAUCCAGUUUGGAAGACUCGCAGAGGACCAGUGAGGGGAGCAUCUCGUCAGGCCAGAGGCUCCUCAGCAGCAUGGCGGGCAGCAGCCAGAUAAUCAGAACACAGCCGACCAGCACAGAGAUCAUUUCAGAGGAGCUGAAACCUUUGACCAGCGAGUCCAGGGCUGUGACGGCCGUACCGGGCAGCAGAAGCUCCAAACUCCAAGGUGUGCACUCCAACAAGUGCGAGGACUGCGGGCGGUGCUGUUGCGCAGAGUGCCGGCGCCCCCGGGUGCUCCCUUCCUGCUGGAUGUGCGGCCGCCGCUGCAUGUGCUCCAUGCAGAGCGUGGUGGAAUACGGGACGUGCGUGUGCUGCGUCAAGGGGCUCUUCUACCACUGCUCCAGCGACGACGAGGACACGUGCGCCGACAAGCCCUUCUCGUGCUCGCAGCAGCACUGCUGCGUACGCUGGACUACCGUGUCGCUCCUCUCCCUGCUCUUCCCCUGUCUCCUGUGCUACCUCCCGGCGAAAGGAUGCCUCGCCGCGUGCCAGAGCUGCUACGACCGCGCGUUGAGGCCGGGCUGUCGAUGCAAAAACCCAAAACCCAUCCACUGUGAGGAUUCUGGCAAGCCGACGUAGAUGGGAUAAGCGUCUUGUGUGCGACGGUUGGAGAGACUCCACGUUGAGUGACGAUGGCUACUAGUUUUAAAGUGUGAUUAGCAAGCUAACGCCGCUGAGUUCUUGUUCAGAUACUGUAGAAUCCGCUCCAAUACGCCUUGAGCUUCAACUUUAGAGGCUGCUUGACGAAAACCCAUUCCCGGUAAAGGCACUGGAGGUGCAUUCACUCACCCCUAGCAUUCACUUGAAAGGUAAACCAAAAUAAGCGCUCCCCAUGUCCAGAGGUGUGAAGACAUAUUCAACUACUGUUGUCCUGAAACAAAUGUUAAACUUGUGUUGUUGCUCUGAGAGUCCAAACAGAUAGCCUUUUUUUUAACAUUUAAUACAACUUAUAUGCUAAGAACAGACUCCUGUUACUAACUGUAUGUAAAGUAGUCCAUUCAAAAGGGUGUGUACAGUAGAAUUGAGCUAAACAGAUGUUUUAUUUUUGUACAUACAUAAUAAUUCUUCAACUGUGAAAAGUUUCGCCUUGAUGAAUCUACAUUUCUAUGAAUCUGUCAACGUCUUGGUACAUUCACUGAAAUGUAUGUCAAUCAUUCUAUGUGGUUCACAAAUAAGUCUUAUCCCUUCUACUUGUAAAUUGUACAGCGACCCUGUAUGAGAAAUUUAUUUUCUAAUUCCAACAUUACUUAGUGUAAAGUUAAAAAAAAAAGUCUAUAUAUUUAUUUGAAGGUUUAUUAUUUUAUAAUGAAAAAUAUUUAUUUUGAGAAAGCAUUGUUAAUGUGUCACCGCUAACGGGGCUCUUUCUGUUGUGGAGGUGACCUGUAUGAGUGUCGAAGCUGGAUGAAUAGUUCACUAUGAAUUAGAAGACAAAUAUAUUAACGUUUGAAAUUAAACAACCUUGAAGUUUGA